CUUUGUUGCUGGUGUUGUGUGGAGAAACGUGGAAGCAGUGUUAAACAACUUUCUGCCGAUUUACCCAUCAAAAUGAAUGAAGAAGUAGAUCAGAGAUUGAGGGACAUUCAGCGAGAUUACCUGGACUUCUUGGAUGACGAUGAAGACCAGGGUAUUUACCAGCAGAAAGUGCGGGAUAUGAUCAGCAACAAUGAAAUUCGUCUUGUUGUCAAUAUCAACGACUUGAGGAAGAAAACCCCCAAGAGAACUCAAAGUUUGUUAAAUGAAGGUUUUGAAGAAAUGGUUGCGUUCCAGCGUGCACUGAAGGAGUUUGUCGCCUCUGCGGAUCCAGUGUACAGCAAACAGCACGAGGAAUUCUUCGUUGGGUUUGAGGGAAGUUUUGGAUCCAAGCAUGUGACACCGAGGAGCCUGACCUCGACUUACCUUGGCAACCUGGUGUGUGUGGAAGGAAUUGUCACCAAAUGUUCUUUGGUACGUCCGAAAAUAGUUCGCAGCGUUCAUUACUGCCCGGCCACGAAGAAAACGACAGAGCGACGGUACACGGAUAUGACAUCCCUGGACCCAUUCCCGUCCACGGCAGCGUAUCCAACUAAGGAUGAAGAUGGAAAUCUGCUGGAGACAGAAUUUGGGUUGUCAGUGUACAAAGAUCAUCAGACAUUCACCAUUCAGGAAAUGCCUGAGAAGGCUCCGGCAGGCCAGCUUCCGAGGUCUGUGGAUAUUAUAGCGGAUGGUGACUUAGUAGAUUCAUGCAAGCCAGGUGACCGAGUUCAGGUGAUUGGAAAUUUCCGCUGUCUUCCUGGUAAAAGGAAUGGAUUCACCACUGGCACAUUCAGAACAAUCCUGAUCGCUAACAACAUACAGCUGCUGAGUAAAGAAGUGGCACCCAUGUUUUCUGCUGAAGAUGUUGCCAAAAUUAAAAAGUUCAGCCGACAGAAAAAUGUGGACGUAUUUGAUGCGUUGGCAAAGUCAAUGGCUCCAUCAAUCCACGGUCAUCAGUACAUCAAGAAGGCAGUUCUGUGCAUGUUGCUGGGUGGCAAUGAAAAGGUUCUGGACAACGGCACGCGCAUCAGAGGAGACAUUAAUCUGUUACUGAUUGGGGAUCCAUCUGUGGCUAAAUCACAAAUGUUGAGGUAUGUCCUACACACGGCCCCACGAGCGAUCCCGACAACAGGUCGAGGCUCAUCAGGGGUGGGCCUGACUGCUGCCGUGACAACAGAUCAGGAGACAGGUGAGAGAAGACUGGAAGCAGGUGCUAUGGUUUUAGCGGAUCGCGGGGUUGUCUGUAUUGACGAGUUUGACAAGAUGUCCGACAUUGACAGGACAGCCAUUCACGAAGUCAUGGAACAGGGCCGUGUUACCAUAGCGAAGGCCGGAAUUCACGCCAAAUUGAAUGCGAGAUGCAGUGUGCUGGCAGCAGCCAAUCCAGUCUAUGGUCGGUAUGACCAAUUCAAGACACCAAUGGAGAACAUUGGACUCCAGGAUUCGCUUCUGUCUCGUUUUGAUUUGCUCUUCAUCGUGCUGGACAAGAUGGACCCAGAGCUUGACCGUAACAUCUCUGAUCACGUCCUCCGCAUGCACAGAUACCGGGCAUCAGGGGAACAAGACGGUGAUGCCUUACCAUUUGGUAGCAGUGUGGAUUUGCUGGCAACUAAAGAUCCAAAUGCUUCACAAGAAGAGGAGGAAGACACGCCCAUAUACGAGAAAUACGACCAUCUUCUCCAUGGGGGGUCAAGGACUAAGAAAGAUAAAAUUGUCAGCCGGAAAUUUAUGAGGAAAUAUGUUCACGUGGCACGAGCCCUCAGACCUGCACUAACACGCGAGGCUGCAGACUGUAUCUCAGAGGAGUAUGCUAAACUGCGUAACCAAGACAACCUUCAACAAGACAAUAUAGCCAGAACUCAGCCUUUCACUGCCCGUACUCUGGAGACGAUGAUUCGUCUGGCUACAGCCGUUGCAAAAUGCAGACUUAGCAAAACUGUGGAUUUGGAAGAUGCACAGUCUGCCUUGGAACUGAUCCAGUUUGCCUACUUCAAAAAGGUUUUGGCACAUGAGAAGAGGCGCAAAAAGAAGGCCCCGGGCACAGAUGAUGAAAGCAGCGAGGAUGAGGGUCAAGAGGAUGGGGAGGGACCAACGCACAAAAAGAAACGCAGGAGAUCAAGAGAAGGUCGCCCCCGACGACGACCUCGGCAGGAAGGUGAGGAAGGUUAUGACCCGUAUGAUUUCCAACACGAUGAAGACACAGCCAGUGAAGAUGAGGAAAAUCCUUCCUUGAAAGAAAGGCGCGCGAAGAGUAAAGAAAGGAGAGCGUCCACAGCAGCAUCAAGUGAGGAUGAAACCAUGGAAACGGACGAUCAGCCAACCUCCCCAGUCAAGGGGUCAAAGGUUACUGUGGAUGCAGUCAGAAUGAAGACAUUCCGCGCAUCCAUGUUUAACCUGUUCAAGUCGGAGCAUGCCCAGUCAGUGUCGUUAGAAAAGGUGAAAGGUCAGGUAGCUAAGGAGGCAUCCCUGGAUAUGAAUGAUGACGAAAUUUAUGCUGCCUUGGAUACCAUGAUGGAAGCCAAUCAAAUCAUGGUAUCUGACAACAUUGUAUUCCUCAUCUGAUUUCAUUGAGUCAUGUCUGGACUUCAUUUUUAGAAAAACGGACGCACCCAUGAGUUGCAGUAACAUUUGACUUAAUCAUGUGAAAAGCUCUCAGCAUGAGAGGAUGUAAGCUCAUUUAUCUGGUAAAAAAUACUGUUGAACUAAAGCAAAGUGAUGUUAAGUUAUUACAGUUUGCUGAACAACUGAUUUUAACUGCAUCGCUUUUGUCAAGGGAGGUAACUCUGUCUUGUGUAAUCAAGAUUGUGAACUUUGGAAGAACAUUCGCUGCUGCACCACUCAGUGUGUGUAAUCAUAUAUGUUGUAAGUGAGAAAAAAUACCAAGCUGAAAAAAACUUAACUUACUUAUACAUUGUUAUACUUUCUAUGCAAAAUAAAUGUGUGUAAAUAGCUGUUACUUAUACAAUUUUUAUCAAAAGUUAAUGUUUGCAAGAAGUGAAAUAUUUGUAAAUUUGCUUUUAGACUAGGCUGAUCUGGAGAAAAAUUUAAAUCUGUAGUACUAGGAACAGUUAAGUAAGCUUUUAGGUUCAUCAGUUAACCCUGAAAUCCUGUUACUUGUACAGUUAAUCACACAAAUUUAAGCGCAGAACAAACUCCUAUCGACUUUUGUGUACAUUCUGACGGUUUUGCAGGUUUGAAUUGGGCUUGACUUCAAUAAUCAUACGCUUUUGAAAUUUUUUUUUGUUUUUCAAAUAUGAUUCUCUCCAUAAAAAUCCUCUGUAGGUUGCCCCAUAUUCAUGAAUAUUAUAUAGGAACAUUACAUAACUCUUGUCGUCCUAUCAAAUUUCUUUAUAAUCUUGUACAAUCGGAAGGAUUCCAGAACAGUCCUGGCAGAUGUAUCGAUUACACAGUGUGGAACUUCAUUGUAUUGUUACAGUUUCUGGGCCACUUUCUCAAAACUU